AUGAUUAUUACUCGAGAUUGUAAAUUAUUAGUAUGUGGAGAAAAUCAAUUUGGUCAACUGGGAAUGGGAGAUGCAAAAAAUCGACUGACACUCGUUCCACAUGAAUUCUUUACCGAUUUACUCAUUCAAAACAAUGAAUUUCCAAUAGAUAUCGAUGGUGGAAUUUCACAUACGAUUGUCAUGACAAACAAGAAGAGAAUUUUCUAUUUUGGAAAUACUUUUCAAGCAUGUUCAUUGAAACCAAUUGAAUUAUCCUUCUCCUCACCCAAAUCUAUCAAGUGCACCAAUUAUGCAACAUUCGUCAUUACAGAACGAAACAAAAUCUUUAGUUGUGGAUUGUGUGGAAGUGGUCAAAUUCCAUUUGAUUCGAAACUUCUUCCAAAAUCAUUGAUUAGUUGUAAUUCAAUGAUUUCUCUUGUGGAAUUGAGUAAAUCUUUAGAUAGAGAUGAAAUUGUGGUGGAUAUUAGUGGUGGAUCGAAUCAUACUUGUUUUCACACCAAUUUUGGAAGAGUUUUUAUUUGUGGGAAACGUUUCGAAAAUUCAAACGAACUUCAAAAGCCAAUUUUAAUGGAAAAUCCAUUCGAUUCGAUUGAAAAUUUACAAGAUUAUAAGAUUAUGCAUUAUUAUGGAAGAAGUUCAUUCUUUGUUACAAAAACAUUGCACAGUUAUAUUGUAAACUUUAAGAAACAAUUAUUGAAUUGUUCAAUAUUUGAUGUGUUUAUAAUAACAUUUCAAAAUUCGCAACAGGAUGACGAUUAA